AUCAGCUAAUAACUCGUGUGUGUAAAUCCUGAUUAGACUGUCCUCAGUGUUAACGGUGAGGGGUGAAACUUACUCAAACUGAUGUGUUUUCAGUCAUUAGUCUCUUCCUGUGUGUCUCACCUGUUGUCAGCGGGGGGCAGCACUAACAUGCAUACCUGUUCACCAGCACGGCUCCAGUGCAGCUGGCAUUUUAGGAGCGCUGCAACCUGCACCAAGGUCAACCACAAAAUGAGAUUCACCGUUAUCUUUUCCUUUUAUUUCAUCGAGUAAAAGUGUCGAUGGGAUUAAAAUGAGAAACCUUUACGGAGAGCCAAGAAGGCAACAUGAAAGUAUUGUCACAACAAUAAAUAACACAAACAACAAGCAGAUCAGGAAAAUGGUUACACACCAAACAAAGAGCACACAGUAUCCAAUACACAGUUAGAGGCUGAGUCAAAUCAGUGUUUUUCUUCUGAGAGCAACAGUCAGAUAAUGUGCAGCUUUUUAUUGUAUCUUUAAUAUAUUUGUGAAAUAUAUAAAACAGCAAAGCGCACUACAACAAAAUAGUGAUAACAGUGAUUUUUAAUGGACAACAUUUGUUCUGAGCUGAAGGUAAGAUAGAAGAAUAGAAGUUUGUGCUCAUAAUACUCAUAAUAAUAAUUUUUUGUAUAUAUUUUUGUGGAAUUUGGUCAAAAUACAAAGAAGAAUGACUUUAUUUAUCCCCGUGGGGAAGGAAAUUCAAGUUUUUCACUCCGUUGUUAUUUUUUCAUUCCGUUGUUAUAAUAUAUAACGUUUUAGAUCCAAAGCACUGUGAUGGAUCAUAUUCAUCACAUUUAUCAUCUGUUCCCUUUAAGAUGACAAAGCUCCACCCUUUGCAUGACAUCAUCUGAGACAAACCAGGAAACAGCUUGUUCCUGCUCAGUUCUCACGGAGAAGAGACGCAGCAACAGACAGACAGUAAGAUUUCCCUUCAUUACAAAGACUUCAACUGAGGGAGGACAGUUACAGGAGGGAGGAGAGCUGGAGUCGGGAAAUACUCCAGCUGUAACCUGCUGCUGACUGAAAAAACACUCAAACACUCAAAGUGAAAGUCACUGAGGCAACUUUCUGCCGCAGGGAGGGGAACACAGCUGAUUACCUCCUGUUGUAACGUGCCCGGCUGCUUCACUCAGAGACAAAAUGGCUUCCAGAUCAGAGGAGGCUCUCCGCUGUCCGGUCUGUCAUGGGGUCUUUAGAGAUCCUGUUGUUCUGUCAUGUAGCCACAGCUUCUGUAAAGACUGUCUGAAGAGCUGGUGGAGAGCGAAACCAACACGAGAGUGUCCACUUUGUCAGAGAAGGUCUUCAAAGUCAGAACCAACUUUGAACCUGGUGUUAAAGAACCUGUGUGAGGCCUUCUUACAGGAGAGAGAUCAGAGAGCUUCAGAGGCUCUCUGCAGUCUGCGCUCUGAGAAACUCAAACUCUUCUGUCUGGACCAUCAUCAUCAUCAGCAGCCAGUGUGCCUUGUCUGCAUCGAUGAAGCUGCGCGACAACACAAAGAGAGACUUCAGGAAACUCUGGAGCCCUUAAAGGAGAAGUUAAAGGCUUUUAAAGAAGUUAAAGUGAAGUUUGGUCAGACAGCAGAACACGUGAAGGUCCAGGCCCGACUCACAGAGAGGCAGAUUAAGGAGCAGUUUAAGAAGCUUCACCAGUUCCUAGAAGAGGAAGAGGAGGCCAGGGUGGCUGCACUGAGGGAGGAAGAGGAGCAGAAGAGUCAGAUGAUGAAGGAGAAGAUGGAGGCCCUGAGCAGAGAGAUAGCAGUCCUUUCAGACGCAGUCAGAGCCGCAGAGGAGCAGCUGAGAGCUGAAGACGUCUCGUUCCUGCUCAGCUACACGGCUGCAGUGGAGAGAGUCCAGCAGCGCCCCCUGCUGGAGGACCCACCGCUCUCAGGCGCUCUGCUAGACCAGGCCAAACACCUGGGCAACCUGACCUUCAACAUCUGGGACAAGAUGAAGGACACGGUCUCCUACACUCCUGUGAUCCUGGACCCAAACACUGCUCAUCCAGAACUCAUCCUGUCUGAGGAUCUGUCCAGUGUGAGACGGGGACGGAGGCAGCAGCUUCCUGACAACCCAGAGAGGAUCGAUGGUUUUUACUGCGGCGUCCUGGGCUCUGAGGGCUUCAACUCAGGGACUCACAGCUGGGAUGUCGAGGUUGGAGACAGCACAGACUGGGGACUGGGUGUGUUAGCAGAGUCUGUCCGGAGGAAGGGACGCAUACUGUCUGGAUUAUGGGGAAUAUGGUUUCUAAACGGUACAUACAUAGCGUACUCACCACCAGCUCCGGACACUUACUUCCAAGUGCGGAAGAAGCUCCAGAGGAUCAGAGUGAAUCUGGACUGGAACAGAGGAACGCUGCGGUUCUCUGAUCCUGACACUGACACACACAUACACACCAUCACACACACUUUCACUGAGAGGCUGUUUCCAUACAUUAACCCUUGGGAUGAACUGCAGAUAUCAGCACUGCAGGUCUGUGUGACAGUGGAGCAGAGCAGUUAGAGAUGAAGAGGAUGAUUAUAUUUAUGAUGCUGCUUAUUUCUUCAAGGGAAAAGUCUCUGUUAGGCUGCCGCUGCUCCUCCUGCUGCCUCAUUAUUACAUUGUAAAUCCACUUUUUGUACUUUUUGUACUUGCACUUAUUUUAGCUUUAUACUUAUAUCCACUUUAUUUUUAAUUUGUCAUAGCUGUAUUAUAGUGUAUUAUAUUUUUUGCUUAGUACUUCUCUUCCUGUGUGCGCUGACGUAAAGGCGAGCAGCUGUAACGAAAGAGUUUCCCCUCGGGGAUCAAUAAAGUAUUUCUGAUUCUGAUUACAAACAUCUGUUAAUUUUUUGUUAUUCUUCGUAUUUAGUUUGACACUUUUUGUUUCUAUUGUCGACCUUUUCGUAUGUAAAAUUAUUUCACUUAGUGUCUUUAUGUUUUUGUUCGUUUAGCCUUUUCUUGUUUAUGGACACUGUGCCAUUUUAAAUAGUUGUUCAUGUUUUAUUGUUUUGACUUGUGUGUGUGUGUGUGUGUGUGGAGCCAUGAAGACCAGCAACCACUCUGUGAAGCUGAUGAGGAUUUAAAUAAAGAAACAAGAAUCAAUGAAUCAAUAA